UUACUCCCAGUUGGGCUUCACAUUGAGUCACAGUAAGAGGUUCCUUUUUGGCCCACUUUUUUCCUUUUCCUCAAAGUACCACUUGAAGGGGUCACACUGAGGUUACAACUACCACCGACGGCACACACGCUCAAGUACUUGCUCUCCAAAUGAGAGAGAGAGAGCUACUUGAGACAAAAAUCUCAUAUAGCUACACGAAAUAGAGAUUAACUAUAAAAGUUUGAAAAUCUCCAGGAAAUUUUGGACACGUUUUGGAUUAUUUGCAAAAGUUUAGCAAGGAGAAAGUUACUGGAGAAAGUGGUAAUUUGUUAAAUUAAAUGCGUCAUAAUUUCCAGGUAUUGGCGUGCAAGAGACUCAAUAAUCAUCAGUGAUCAGAUAGUUUCGUACUGUGAACUCUACAUGAGUUAUCGCCACAUGUGGCCACUUCUUAUUCUUCUUCUUGUUCCCAACAUUUGCAACAGUGACCUCAGUCACUUUAGGUGUGAACAGUUAUUUAAUAAUAAUAAUUGCACAUGUUUAUCCAUGCCACGUGGGUGUUAGUUAACUUAAAAAAUUGUUGGUGGAAGAAAGUUAACUGGAAUUUUAAUACCGGCAGAGAAAACGACAAAGUGUUCAAUACAUUUUUUAAUUAGUUUUACGAAAAGUGUAUUUCAUUUCAGUGAUUAGUCAAAUGUUUCUCGUUAGUAAAUUAGUUCUUUAAUAGGAAAAAAGUGUCUUGCAAUUUUUGAUCUCGUGUUUUAUGACAGUCUUUUAAAGUGUGGAAUAAGUUUCACUUCCAGUACAUUUUAAGUGAAGUGAAAAUAUUUAUCGUACGCCUGGAAUUUGCAACUUUUCAUUGUUUCAAUAAAAACGAAAGAAACCUUUCACCAUGUUGAACUCGUUUAUGGACACGCAUCCCUCCAUGGGUCUCAAGUUAUCUCCACCCAGCAUCACCUCCGCUGGUGGAGACCCGUCACACCACCCUUUUCACCACUCCCACCUUGCCCCCCACCACCACCACCCCUCCCACCAACACCCCACUCAAUACCACCACCAACAAAUCCACCAGCCCAACGGCUACCACCACAAUCCGCAAAUGUCCUACGCCGCUGCUCACCUCCUCCGGUCAAGAGAUCUCGGGGCAACUCUACCUCCUGUUGACACACAAAAUGCAAUGUUCGGAGAUACACCGAAUCACCACCAUGUCUUGUUCCAUCCUCCUUUAAUGAAUCAUCCGACCCAUGAUCACAACUCACAGAUGAGACUGGGGAUGGAAGUAUAUGCUCGUGACCAGUUUCAAACAAUGCACUCCAUGUCGGGUGCAUUUUUCAGAUAUAUGCGACCACCUAUCAAACAAGAGUUGACGUGUCUUUGGGUGGAUGUGGAUCAACCGAAUCCUAAAAAACCGUGCAUGAAAACAUUUUGCAGUAUGCACGAAAUCGUCACCCAUAUUACGCAGGUUGAACACAUUGGUGGCCCCGAGAUCACGAAUCAUGCCUGUUACUGGCAAAAUUGUCCCCGAAAUGGGCGACCUUUCAAGGCAAAGUACAAAUUAGUCAAUCAUGUCAGAGUACACACGGGCGAAAAACCGUUCCCUUGUCCGUUUCCCGGCUGUGGGAAAGUCUUUGCGAGAUCGGAGAAUCUUAAAAUCCACAAAAGAACACAUACCGGUGAAAAACCAUUCAAAUGUGAAUACGAUGGCUGUGAUCGUCGCUUCGCAAAUAGUUCCGACAGGAAAAAACAUUCUCACGUCCACACGUCGGAUAAGCCGUACAACUGCAAGGUUCGUGGGUGCGACAAGAGUUAUACACAUCCUUCCUCAUUACGUAAGCAUAUGAAGGUGCAUGGCAAGUCUCCACCUCCAGGGUCAGCCUAUGACUCGGACAAUUCAUCAUCGCCACCUUCACCCCAUCACAAUUCUGCCUCGUCCCCCCCGUCACAGCAGAACAGCAACAAUCAUAACAAUAACCUUCACCAGCAGCAGCAGCAGCAGCAGCAAAAUACGUCACCCACCCACAUUUUGCCAGAUAUCUCGUCCGAUGAGGGAAAUGUUCCGAGGUGGCCGCCCCACUUGCAUCAUCAGCAACAUACAAAACAGGAAGUUCCACAAUCUCAACAGCAGCAACAGCAGCAGCAACUCCAAAGUCAAAACUUGCACGAUUUUCGGUCUCAAUUAGUAUCUGGUCAAGGCCUUCCGCCCGGCGGACUGUUACAGCCGCAGCCUGGCCUUCACCCCUCUCACCACCACCACCCCCACCAUGGGAACCAUCACUUGUUCAGUAUGGCGGCGACGCAACAGAACAAUUUGUCGGAAUGGUACGUAUGUCAGGGAUCAAUACCCACCCCUCCGUCGACAAAUUCCCCCAUCCACCAUCAUCACAUGCCGACGGCUGCUUUCUAGUAAUCUAAAUUGAACUAACUGCCAUUCCAUCCAAUGAUAUGAUCCAACCAUCGGAGAAGAAUCACCUCUUACAAACUAAAUAGCAACAUUAUUUCAGGUCAGGUUGGGAUUAAUUCGUUACUAAUUUGAGACUAUAUUUACAAAUUUACAAAAAUUAUUUACAUCAAAAGGCACAUUGCAAUCGAUCGUUUUUAUUUAGUUUAGAUUUUUUUAGAAGAGUAGUUGCAUCGUAUAUUUCAAGGACUUGUAUGAUUUACUGUGAUCCCUUUUUUUCGAAAACAAUUCUGUUAAGUGCAAUUCAGUAGUAGUUCCGGUUUGUGAAAAAACUAUUUUACAAGUUAAGAAUUUUUUUUGCGGACAGUUUUUUUAGUGUUCCUUUGAACAGGAAAUGUGAUAAUGUGGCUCAGUUAGUUGAACCAAACAACAAAACUAUUUACAUGGCGGAGGAUGAUGAUGAUGUACUAUUACAAAUCAUACUUAUUUAUGAGAGGUAAUCAGAGGUAUAUAGCAUUUAUAGGGUUCAAUCAGGUGAAAAAAUUGGGCAUGAAUCGUCGUCUCACUUGUUGACUUAUGUAAUGUUUUUAAAGCUCAAUUCACGUAAUUUUCAUCACAUUUCCCAAAGACAACAAGGUUCCCUACAUAUAUUUAUAUUUAACUAAUUGUUUAAGCAAAAAGUGACACACAAGAUUUUUUUAUGUAGAGACGAGAUGAGACUUAAUUUUAUUGUAAAAUUGCUUGAACGAGUUUUAUUUAUUUUUUAUUAAAGUACAUUUCAUCCAGUUUAAUCCUGGAGAGAACAGAGUUAAAGACCAAACACAGACUAUUUACAUACAUGAUACGUUUUAUUGAUCGCAUAAGAAUUAGAGAAUUUCCUUGCAUACAAAAGUUGUACAAAAUUAUGUGAAUUUUUGACUAUUCAAGUUGAGAAAGAAUCAGAAUUUACAUAAAUAGUAGAGAGUCGUCCGUAUUGUAAAGUAGCUUUUAACAGAAAGGACACACACAAUUGUUUGUUAAUUCCUCACAUCCAAUCAUCGACGACGACGAUAAAGUAUGUACUACAAACUAUUAUUAUUUACUACUUAUUACCCACUCCGUACAUGUUAACUCAAAUGUCAUCUCAUUAUGUUGAAGAAGGUUGAAGAGAAAAUGAAUUAAAGUUCACUUAUUUAUGAAGAAAUUG